GUAACCCUGCACUUGUAGGCGCCAUUUUUUAUCGCGAUUCGUUGACAGGCUGCAUCGAUUUGAUACACGCGUAAACACGUCGAAUUCGCCGCGAAGACGAUAGAUUUAAAUCGAGUACGUUUGCGGAGUAUUAUUAUCGAGUGAUAAUCGAACAGUUUCGCCGAUUAUAAUCCAGCGGCGUUUCGCGUUUAGGGGGAGGGCGCGGAUCUUUUGAAAGUAGCACACGUAGGCAACAGGUGUCCAACGUUAAAUGCACGCGCUUGUCGACACUGCCGUUCGCGACGACGUGCCCGAUUACUGGGCACGAUAAUUUAUUCGAUCCGCUAAAACGAAAUUGUUUAUUUCUCUCGCUGACAGAACCGGCAAGUGUUAGAUCGAGCUCUUCGCUGGAGGAUUGACGAGAUUCUUAUCGAGAUGAAUUACGAUUACUUGGUGAAGUUCCUGGCGCUCGGAAACUCCGGUGUCGGGAAAACCAGCUUCCUUUACCAAUAUACCGAUGGUACUUAUAAUUCUCGAUUCGUAUCCACUGUUGGGAUUGAUUUCAAGGAAAAACGAGUGAUAUAUCAAACAGCGAAUGGCAGAAGUCAGCGAGUGCAUUUGCAGCUUUGGGACACAGCUGGACAGGAACGGUUCAGAAGUCUAACCACAGCCUUUUACCGGGAUUCCAUGGGUUUUCUACUAAUUUUUGACCUGACCAAUGAGUUGUCCUUUCUUGAAGUUAGAAACUGGCUGGAACAGCUUAGGACCCACGCAUAUUGUGAUGAUCCAGACAUAAUUCUUUGUGGUAAUAAAUCCGAUCUUGAGGACAAACGGGUCGUCAGCGAACAUAAAGCGCGAGAUCUUGCCGAAAGGCACGGCUUGGUUUAUCUGGAGACGAGUGCCGCGACCGGCCAGAAUGUCGAGCGCGCUGUGGAAAUAUUAUUAGACCGCGUAAUGCGCAGGAUGGAGGCUACGGUGGACAAGUCGUUGUUACCGCAUCAAAAAGUUUUAAGAUGCCACGAGCGCGAUACUCCACCGCCCAGUAGUUCCUGCUAUUGCUGACAGUGCCGGUACAUGUAGUUAUUCAAACUACUAUGCCAAAAUCAAAGAAAAGAGCAUAUUAUGAAACUGGCACUUUACAUUUGCGAAAUAAAUGUAAAUUUUAUCAUAAACUUUUUCAGUUAGCAUGUUCGUUGUGAGUCAUCAGAAAAUAAUUCCACAUUAAUCACUUAUAUAUGCCAUAUUUGUAACAAAAAUUUCAAUUGAGAUAAAUCUAGAAAAUCGUGAAAAUUGGCGAAAAAAUCGACCAAAUUGAAAAUUAAAUGAGUUGGAGAAAAACUCACUAACAAAAUAUUGUUUAAUUGAUAAUAUUUUGUUUGACAAUAAUAGACGGUUCAGUAUUAUGUGAAUCUCAUUAUGAAUAAGCAAAUAUCGUAAUAAAAUAAUAUAUAUAAUGAAUUAUUUUCUGUUAUACAUUAUUCUCCAAUUUUGCUUCUUUUAUAUAUUGAAUAUUGUGCAGAAUUAGUUAUCAAUUUUUUGAUAAUAUCCAGAAUCAAUUUUUUGGAUCGUAAUGUAUUUUAGGUGCAAGUAAUAUCAGUUUUAAUUUUUCUCGAGUUUAUUACUUCAUAAAACUUUUUGUUAUAGACAUUGUUUUUACUUAUUAUAAAUAUAUUUUUUGCAAUGAAAGAAAAAGUGUAUUUAUCAACAAUAUUUUUGAAUUUUAUCUCUUUUUGCCAAAAUUGUGAAUGAAUAUAUAUAUGUUUUAAUCAUGACGAUGCAACGAACAUGUUAAGAAGCUUCGCGAUAAAUAUAUUUCUACAAAAUAGCUUAUCCAGCAUAUUUCUAACAGGAGACUAUACAUAUGAUCAUUGAAGAUUUCUUGUUAUUCUAUAUAUAUAUAUACUAAAUGUCUUCCAUCAACGCUUAUUAUCAAAUGAAAACAUUCCUUGAAUUCAGCAAACCUGCCAAUGAACUCUCGAUUACUAUAUUUAUACAAUAACGUUGAAUCUUGUCUUCUACGGACAUUGUUUUUUUCGAGACCUCUUUAUCGCGUUUCCCUAUCCUAUAAAAUUCUUUUUAUACCAUUGUUGUCUUCCAAUGUUGGUUGUUCUCGAGUGAUGAUGUUCAUCGAAUUUAAACGUCAUUUAACGAAGAGUACCUUUUAUUAUCCUAUAAUAAUACUGACCUUUUCUAUCACUAUUUCAUACGCACAAGGUGUUCAAUAAGUCAAUCUUUUCUUACUUGCCAAAAAUGUGAUACGCGACUGAUGUCGCAACAGAAGUUUUGGAAGUUAAGGUGAUUCACUUUUGACUGUGUGUAACGUAUUUUUGAUGAUGUUAUUAUAAUCAAUCAGAGUUAAUAUAUUUAAUCAUAAAUGAAUAAUAUAUAUUAGACGCGAAAUAUCGAAAGACCAUAUAAUGCGCGUAUACCGAUAAAUUAAUCUCUUGUGAUAUUUAUAUCAUAUAUUUAAUGAAAUUAUAAAUGAUUGUAUUGUGAUUAAUCACUAAUGCCUCAAUUUUACGAAAUAAACGCUACCAAUGUUAAAAGAAAAUUAUGUAUUUAGUGUAUAAGUGUUUAUAAAUGCAUAUAUGUGUAUAUAUAUAUAUGUAUCGAUUUUUCCUGGAAUCUGAAAAAACUGGAUCGUUCGAGGAACGUCUUAUAUUUAAUAGAUAUUGUUAUUAAAAAUUUUGCACUU